UAAUUCAGUGGUAUGGAAGUGGUUUGGCUAUCUAAGCUCUGAUAAACUUCAGGUUUCAGUGCGCUGCAAAAUGUGUCGGAGAGUGGUGCCGACUAGCAGCGGGAACACAUCAAAUCUGUUCCACCAUCUGAAGCAGUUCCACCCGAUAGAAUAUUCUGAGAGUCAGAACAUGAGGCAUCAUAAAGGUUUAAGCCAACCUGUCUCUGAAAUAUCACCGCGACCCACAUCCCCAUCACCAGCUGUGUCAAAAGAGAAACCGAUGCAGCAAACGCGGAUCGCUGCAUUCAUGCCUCAUGACAAAAAGUUUAAACGUUAUAAAGACGUUACUAAGGCUGUCACAAACUUUUUGGCUAAGGACACGAUGCCGUUUAGUACGGUAGAAAAUGUGGGCUUCAGGAAAAUUAUGUCCGUCAUCGACCCCAGAUACGAGCUCCCUGGCCGGAAAUAUUUUUCCCGGCCAGCUAUACCUACACUUUACGGUGAAGUUAGGGAAAGGGUGCAGGAGCAACUGAAGUCAGGGUCAUAUUUUGCGACCACAGCUGACCUGUGGUCAAGCCGAACCUUGGAACCAUACUUGAGCCUGACAGUCCACUUUAUUGACCAAGAUUGGAAGCUUGUCAGCUUAUGCCUCCAGACGGUUUACUUUCCCGAGGAUCACACGGGCGAAGCAAUUGCAGCCGGACUUACAGACGCGCUCGCCUCCUGGGGACUCAGCGAGGAGCGCCAGGUCUGCAUCACCACAGAUAGCGGGACCAAUAUCAUCAAAGCCGCUGAGUUGAACAGAUGGACAAGGCUGCAAUGCUUCGGGCACCGACUGAACUCCGCUAUUGAGAAAGUUCACCAAGACAAGCGCGUGGACAGAGCAGUUGGGGUCUGUAAAAAGGUGGUGGCUGCCUUCUCCUACUCCUGGAAGAAGAAAUUGGACCUUGCAGCUGCUCAGGAGGAGUAUCACUUGCCACAGCACAAGCUCAUCAGUGAAACCCCAACAAGAUGGGGCUCCCGUCAACAAAUGGUGAGGCGGGUUCUGGAGCAGAAAAGGGCCAUCACAGAGGUCCUCUCAAAAGACAAGAAGACCAGGUCGCUAGUUCCUACUUGGCAAGAUGUGGACGUUUUAGAGUCUAUAGAUGCCGCUCUAAGCCCGCUCCUUGAAUUCACCGAUGCCUUGUCCGGUGAGUCCUAUGUCAGUGUGUCAUUCCUAAAACCAGUGAUGCAUCUCUUCAACACCUCCAUCUUGAAGGAAGCAGAGGAUGACACAGACCUCACCAGGACCAUAAAGACAACAGUGAUGGGAUACCUGAAUGAAAAGUAUGAUGACCCAGCCACGGAUGAUCUACUUGACAUGGCAUGCCUCGUUGACCCAAGAUUCAAGCUUCAGUACACUCAGGAGGAGAAGAGAGAAUACAUCAAAGAGAAAGCUGUGUUGGAGAUGCUGAAGGGAGAGAGAGCUCUUGUGGUAAGGGAAGAGGAGUCCAGAGAAGAAGCCAUGGGAGAUGCUUCUGCAGCAGUGACACCAGCCAAGAAAACAAAGCGGUCUCUGGCUAGCUUUUUUUCAAACAGGUCCACCAGUACCAACACAGAAGGCUUGAGUGUACAGCAGGCAGUUGAGAGGGAGCUCAGCAACUACCUUCUGUCUCCAGAUGCUGACAAUGACUCAAAUCCUCUGGAUUGGUGGAAAGUCUCUCAUAAGAACUUCCCCAGAGUAAGCCAACUGGCAAAACAUUACUUGUGUAUUCAAGCCACAAGCUCCCCCUCUGAGAGGGUUUUUAGUACAGGUGGCAAUAUUGUCACAUGUAAAAGGGCAUCUUUGAAGCCAGAUAAUGUAGACCAGCUUGUAUUUCUUGCCAGAAACUUCUAGAGCCUGUCAUAGGGUGUCAUCAACCCCCAACAAUGUCCCUGCCCCAGCAACAUGUGUAGUUGUUAUUGCUCACACUUUCUGUUUUCUUCAGCAACUCUGAGCAUUUCUCAUAUUUUUUUUUUAUCCUGGAUGAAGCACUUUAAUUUCAGUCUAUAAGAAUAAAAUAAUCAGCCUAUGUUGUAGUUUAACGUGAAAGAUAUUAAUAUUGACAGUGAGUUUUAUGUUUAUUUGACGGUGAUUACACAUUUCUUGUUUGUAUGAAGGUUAAAUUCAAAUAAAAGGUGAACGUUCA